AUGAGAAAGGCCUUGCUCCACGGAAUCGAAGACCGGGUACACUGGGAUCGAAGAGUGGUGGGCGUGGAUCUAGAGACUCUACCAGAAAAGGUAAACUUGAAGUUUGACGACGGAUCCUCUGCGACUGGAAGAAUGGUCGUGGGGGUCGAGGGAAGUCGGUCAGCGAUCAGACAAAUGUUAAGACCUGAUGCGUAUAGUAACGUACUGUUACCAAUCCGAUUUACAGGAGUAGCUGUGGAUCUCUCCCCGGAGGACAUCAAACCGCUUCGCUCUAUGGAUCCGCUUCUGUUUCAAGGAUGUCAUCCUGAGACGGGGGCCUUCUUCUGGUUUUCUAUGCUGGAGACUCCGCACGUGAAUGGAACAGUUGGGACAGAUCAUGAACGAUAUCGAGCGCAGAUCUGCAUGUCCUGGCCGGUACAUACCUCCGCUGACGAGGUGGCUCAUACUGAUGAGGGCCGUCUGGCCAAUAUGAAGCGCCGGGCCGAGGGCUUUGUACCCGUUUUGAGAAAUGCAGUUCAAAAAAUACCUGAGGGGACCCCCGUACUAGAGAUCAAACUGGCUGACUGGGAGUGCCUGGACUGGGAUAACAAUAAUGGCCGUGUGACGCUGGCUGGAGACGCUGCACAUGCUAUGACAAUGUAUCGUGGUGAGGCUGCAAACCACGGACUCCUGGAUGCAUUCCAUCUGGCGGAUGCCAUCGCUCAAAUUUACUCUGGACAAACUGGCCAAAAGGCUGCACUGGACAUGUACGAAACAGAAAUGAGAAUGCGUACAAAGCGGGCGGUGCGAUUAAGUCGACAGGCAUGUCGUGAUGCGCAUUCUUGGGAGCAAUUAAAUGAGCACUCGGCGAUAUUGACAAAAAGAUCAGUUGUCGGCGAAUCUGCACGCUUGGCGUGA